AUGAACGUGACAAUACCCCGGUUAGCCGCAGCCGCGGACAUGCAGGCGACGUAUCGCGAUCUCCGCACCAGGGAUUACCACGAGGCGGACAAGUCGCUCGCGCAGGCCCUGGGGUUACCUGACUACUUAUCAAACGCGCACAGCGCCGCCACGCUGGACUUCACAGCCAGCGUCCUAGAGUUCUGCGGGGAGCAGGGGGUCACAGGCGACCAGGCUGCCACGCUGCUGGUGAUUGGGGAGCAGCUGCUGCGCAGUUGCGCUGCCGGCACGCCGAGGGCGGAGGCACAGGCAGUGCUCAGGGCUGAGCUGCUGUCGCGCUGCACGCCCGGCCCCGCGGCGGCCAGCGGCGCCUUGGCGCCCGACCUGGUCGCCUCGGCGGCCCGGCUGUUUGCGUCGACGCUGCUGCAGCACUGGAGCCUCUACGCGCUGGUUUUCGGCCGGCCGCAGCAGCACACGCGGCACUCGGAGUCGCUGCUGGUGGAAGCGCCCAUGGCAGCUACGCCCUUGGAAAUGGCCCUGCCAGAGGACGAGUGGCGCGAAAAGCUCGCGGCCGACGCGUCGCACCGCGAGGAGGCGGCGCGAGCUGCUGCGGCGGCCGAGGCGGCUUCGCGAGAGGCGGCCGCAGAGGCGGAGGCAGAGCGGCGGCGGGGGGAGGAGGCGGCAGCGAGGCAGGAGCAGCUCUCCAAGAAGCCGCAGACUCUGGAGGAAGCUGUGGAGCAGCUGGUGGUGCGGAGGGUGGACGAGGAGCGCUCAGCGCUCGAGCGGGAGCUGCAGGACAGGCAGCAGGCGCUGGCGGCGCGGCUCGCACAGCUGGAGGGGGCGGCAGCCGCCGGCUCGGCAGCUGCCGGGGCCGUGCCCGCGGGCGCCAGGGUGCUGUCUACGGCAUCGGGUGCCAACGGCGCGAAAAAGCAAUGA